GGCUGCUGGAGCCCGGACUCUCCCGGUCCCGCCCCCGGGGCCGUUUGACUCGGGGAAGGAGGGUGUGGACGCAGUCCCGGGCCGGUUGCUGCAGUAGCUGCGUCAGGUGAGUCUGGGAGCCGCAGACACCGGGUGCCCAACUGCACGGCCGGGAAGGCGGGGACGAGGAAGCACUGGCCAAGGAGCCGCCGGAGUCACCCCUCUCGAGUCGCGCCUAGCGUGGGCAUGCAGGCGAGAACCCCGCGGGUCGGGCUGCCACUGAGGACCCCGCCGAGCGCUCACUCGCGUCCGGCCCAGGGCGGGAGAGAGCGCGGAGCCGCGAGCGAACCCGGCACCGUAAGCAGCAAGAGUGGCUACGACUUCAGGGCCGCAAGCGAACCCGGCACCAUGAGCUGCAAGGGUGGCCACGACUUCAGGCGGGUGGCGAUCCGGCGGAAGUCCAACCCCUCCUACCUGCUGCCUGGGACCCCCAGGCCCUGGAGUCGGCCGUCCUCGCACCUGCACCUGGGACGGGCCGAAACGGACACCUUCAGGAUCCAGCCAUCCGCGGACGCUCCAGGUCCACAGGUUGCAACCCCACACCUGGGUUCUGCGCACCUGAGUCCUGCGUACCUGAGUCCGUCUGACCGAGUUUUCCUGUGGAACCCCGCUCCGCCAGCUGCUGGUUUUGCUCCGCUUACAGGCAGCAGUACCUGUCCAAAGAUCACCAUAGUUCCACUCUCUGUGAAAAGCAGCACAAGCACGCUCAUUGAUCAGAAUGUAUCUGAUGAAGAGGCUCAGGGAAUAAAUGGAAAAACUCCAGCAAAACACUCAGCUGCAAGUCCAAAGCCACAAGUGCCUCCAAAGCCAUUACACCUGCAGAAUCCAUCUCUGUCCAGUAUACACCAGGCCCCCAGGCAGAAAGCUUUGUCUAGCGCAGCACCCAGGAUGGAGGAAGUUAAACCUGCCUCUGCUGCUUGUGUCUCAAAAGAAAAAUCCAGUAAGAUAUCAGAUCUCAUCAGUCGCUUUGAAGGAGGCAGCACAUUAUCAAGUUAUAGCGAUUUGAAGAAAACGUCUGCUAUGAACCCAAAUGCUCCUAGAACCCCUGGAAGGCUUGGGUUGACAACCACACCUCAGCACAAACUCCUCUCCCAGCACCCGCCACAGAAGCAGGGAGAUGAUCCAGGUCCAGCUCAGGGUGUACAGACUUGUGUGGCUAACGGUGUGGCGGAGGCUCAAAACCAGGUGGAAUGUGAGGAGGAUAAAGCGGCCGCCACUGGCCCGGACAUGCCUAUUCAGACUUCCGAGCCCUUGCUUGGUGUGAGCUUAGUGAAUGGAGAAAGGGACGAGAGCACCACAGGCCCAGCCUCACCCACAACAAAUGACUGUGAUGCAGAGGCUUCCGACAGUAGCUGCAGGACUCCAAGUGCAGACCCAGCCCUGCCCCUGGAAGAAGGAAAGGCAGACACUGAAGCCAAGGCGCAGGAGAGGGAGGAUGGGGACAGCCCGCUGGAACCGGAACGGCUGGAUCAGCCCCAGGAGACGAAGGAGACAAAUGAGCAAAAACUUCACAACAUAGCCAAUGAACUCUUGCUUACGGAAAGAGCUUACGUCAACCGACUUGACCUCUUAGAUCAGGUAUUUUAUUGCAAACUGUUAGAAGAGGCAAAUCGAGGCUCAUUUCCAGCAGAGAUGGUGAAUAAAAUCUUUUCUAAUAUUUCAUCAAUAAAUGCCUUCCAUAGUAAAUUCCUAUUGCCAGAGCUGGAGAAAAGAAUGCAAGAAUGGGAAACUACCCCUAGAAUUGGUGAUAUCCUUCAGAAAUUGGCACCAUUCCUGAAGAUGUAUGGAGAAUAUGUGAAGGGGUUUGAUAACGCAAUGGAAUUAGUUAAAAACAUGACAGAGCGUAUUCCCCAGUUCAAAUCAGUAGUUGAAGAAAUUCAGAAACAGAAGAUCUGUGGGAACUUGACUUUGCAGCAUCACAUGCUGGAACCUGUUCAGCGGAUUCCCCGAUAUGAGAUGCUCCUUAAGGAUUACCUGCGGAAGUUGCCCCCUGAUUCUCCCGACUGGAAUGAUGCUAAAAAAUCACUUGAAAUUAUAUCUACAGCAGCAAGCCAUUCUAAUAGUGCAAUAAGAAAAAUGGAGAACCUAAAGAAACUCUUAGAGAUUUAUGAAAUGUUGGGAGAAGAAGAAGACAUUGUAAACCCUUCAAACGAACUAAUAAAAGAAGGACAGAUCCUUAAACUAGCUGCUCGGAACACCUCAGCACAAGAACGCUACCUUUUCUUAUUCAACAACAUGUUGCUGUACUGUGUGCCAAGAUUCAGCUUGGUGGGCUCUAAAUUCACAGUUCGAACCAGGGUUGGCAUAGAUGGAAUGCAGAUUGUAGAGACUCACAAUGAGGAAUACCCACACACUUUCCAGGUGUCUGGGAAAGAGAGGACACUGGAAUUGCAAGCCAGUUCUGAACAAGAUAAAGAAGAGUGGAUCAAGGCCCUUCAAGAGACUAUUGAUGCUUUCCAUCAGAGGCAUGAAACCUUCAGAAAUGCGAUUGCAAAGGACAAUGACAGUCAGUCCGAGGUUUCUACUGCCGAGCUAGGGAAAAGAGCCCCAAGAUGGAUCCGAGAUAAUGAAGUAACGAUGUGUAUGAAAUGUAAAGAGUCCUUCAAUGCACUGACAAGGAGAAGGCACCAUUGUAGAGCGUGUGGACAUGUGGUUUGUUGGAAGUGUUCUGAUUACAAAGCUCAGCUGGAGUAUGAUGGCGGGAAAUUGAGCAAAGUUUGUAAAGACUGUUACCAAAUAAUAAGUGGAUUCACAGACAAUGAAGAAAAGAAAAGAAAAGGAAUUUUAGAGAUUGAAGCAGCAGAAGUAUCUGGAAACAGCGUGGUGUGCAGCUUUCUUCAGUAUAUGGAGAAGUCCAAGCCCUGGCAGAAAGCUUGGUGUGUGAUCCCCAAACAAGACCCACUCGUGCUGUACAUGUACGGUGCCCCCCAGGAUGUCAGAGCGCAGGCCACCAUUCCACUCCUGGGCUACAUUGUGGACGAUAUGCCGCGGAGUGCAGACCUGCCACACAGUUUCAAACUGACCCAGUCCAAGUCUGUGCACAGCUUCGCUGCGGACAGUGAGGAACUGAAGCAGAAGUGGCUGAAAAUCAUCUUUCUAGCUGUCACAGGUGAGACGCCAGAGGCUCCUAACGAGCAUUCAGCUACCUUGGACGAUCACCCCGAACCUAAGUAAAAAUCACAACGCUGAACUCCAGUACCAGCCUGUGUGGGGGUCUCAAGAUUCACAGCUCGACAUUCCCAGCUCUCCUUACUCAUCUCUUAGCACUUUAUGUUGAAAAAUAGAGGCUCAUACAGGUAUCUGUUAGGACUAUUUUCCUAUGUUUAUGUACUCUUGGUGAAAUUAAUGUGUAGAGCCAUUCUACCGAUAAAAGUUGGAAAUAAUGUGAAAAUGGAGCAUUUUUUUAAAUGAGCUAUUUCUUGAAUAUGUACUUUUGUCUUGGAGAAAAUAGUAUUAAGUGAUUAAUCACUAUCAGGUUAGAAUAGGCUACUGUCGUUUAAGAAAUCUUUUAAUGUCUUCUCUUUCACAAGCAGGACUUGUAACAAUUUGAAAGAUAUACCUCCAUGUUGCCAAAAUAGAUCCAUAGUUUAAAAAGUUACAAGUAAAGUUUAGGCUAUUGUAUUAACUUAUUUAAUUUAGUUUAUAAAACUCAAGCUGCAUAAAUAACAUAUGUCCUUUUAAAGCAAAAGAAAAAGGGCAGAUUGUCGGGGUUCAAACUUUUGACUUAUUAAGAAAAGGUAAUACUUGUUUUUGUAGAAAUACUCUGAAGAAUAAAAUAUCUUAAGUAUAAAGCAAUUAUGUAUAUAUAGCAUUAAAUAUAAAUAUAUAUACUAUACAUGCUUUUCAGAUUUAGGUUCAUAUUUGUCUCUAAUUUAUUUUUAAAAUAUAAAGCAUGUUUUAUCUUGGAAUUGGACAAUGUUCUAAAAUUAAAUGUUUUUUUGUGAUUUAUGUUUAACUGAUUGACAUCUAAGGGUAUUGGUAUUUUUAUAAUAAGAUACAGCAGUAAUUUAUGUGGCAUGGGAUAUAUUAGUGAAUUCCAACCAUAUUUUUAAACUAUUAUUAUUUUUUGUUCUGUGCCUAUUUAAAACAGUGCCUCUCCUUGAAGGUGCUAAUAAUUUCUAUUUAAAUAUAAGGUGAGGGUUUAAUUAAUGCUUCGGUAUUGCUUAUUCUGAGAAGAAGUGCAUUUCAGUGGGAUAGUCAAAGUCAUACAGGUUAUGAUACCUUUUGUAACGCUCUAAUUGUUACAACAGUUACCAUCAGCAUGCACAGACAGUUUCUCAAAACCCUGAGUUGUACAAGAUACCCGACCUUCCACAGAACUGGGACAUCUGGGAACUACACUUACUGUACUGUUUUUCGUUUCCGUAAGACUGUUAAGCGUGGUUAAAUGAGGACUGCAUGUAACUAAUACUUAAGAUAACUGUGUAUGCCUGUCCCUUUGUGAGAUGUGAAACAAAAUUCACGUGUGAUAAUCUAUGCUUGAGGGGCUGGAUAAAUAUUAAAGGAAGUUUGUGCUCAACUCUUUAAACCUCACCAAAGAAGAGCAGGGGAAACACAGUGUUGAAAAGCGAUGCUUUAUGGGAGGUCUUGGGGAGGUCCGAGAUCAUUGAAGAGAGUCUGAGCAUUCUUUUCUCGUUUAUCCUUCUGGGGUAUCUUAAUAGACAAAUGUAAUUCCUUGUGACGAAGGCUGCUCUUCACUAUAUUGUAGUUAUGAUGAAAGUCUCACAUUAAGUUGGCUAUUUAACUUAAUCCUUUUCUCAAAUUAGAUCUGGUUGUUGUUGUUUUUUCCAUUUACCCUGUUAAGCCCCAAAUAUUAUCACUUGGAAUGCAUCAGUCUAGAAAUCCACAAGACUGACCUCACUGUCCUCCGCCUUUGAGGAUUACACCUUAAAUGUAGUAUCGCUCCACUCAGAAUUUGAGGUUCUCACUCAUUUACUUAAGUCCUCUAAAGCAAAUUUGAAAUCGCUCCUGUUUCCCUCCCCACCCCAAAGGAACAGAUGAACUGCUUAUGGCCGGCAUGGUUAGGUUGCCUUCCUCUGUAAAAGCAAUAGCAGCUGUGAUCAUUUCCAUUAAACCAAAUACUUGGAGCCAAAAAGAGGUAAAGGUAACUUCUUCCUGUUAAAUCAGGGACAGACUUAUAAAUACUUUACGUUGCUUCUCUUUUCUAGUUGCCUGCCGUGUGUGUGUGUGUACAGAACAUUGUGUUCAUGGGUGGUUACUGAGAAGGUUAACUGUAGCUGUAAAUGAUGCUUUGGUUUUCUUACUCUCAAGAAGAGAGAAGCAAUAAAAAUGUAGAAGGAUUAUCAGGGGAAGAUGACUUUUUAUAAAUGUGGAUAGAACAGUGGAAAUGUCAGGGCCAAUUAGAAGAUUUAUGGGCCAGAUACUUUCUGAAGACUGUACUUUCCUGAUCAGUAAGCUCCUGUCCUGCAAUGGAAGUAACACAGACAGUGUGGGCUCAGUAAAUAUCUGUUAUUUAACUUAAUUAUUGAGAGAACACCCAUGAAGAGAGUAUUUAUUAUUAUGCUCUUAAUAUUAUCUCUAAUUUGAUUUAAAAAAAUUAUCUCUAGUUCAAUCAAUUCUAUUAUAAAGGAAUUUCUGGUUCUCCAGGUACCAUCUUCAUACCCCACGCAUGUUCUUAGCCAAGCACAGAGAGGAGCAGUGAAGCAGCCUUACCUGUGUUUUUUGUUAGAGGCACUAAUGCUUUUACUUGGAGAAAGGCAAAGAAAUCCUCUCAGUCAGCCGGCCAAUUAGUAAGCACGCUGCUUAACCCGAACCCUCAAAGCAUGACUGAUCACAAGAAUAAUCUAUGUCUUUUGUUUCUUGAGACACCUGAGCAGUCGUGAUAGACUGAACCUGAAAAAGUAAUUGGUUGCUUUCCUAUUAAAACCAACAUUCCAUAUGGGUCUUAUUAUUUAUUUUCUCUAAUUUGGUGCUUUCUAAGUCGUCUUUUCUUUAAAGUGCCCUUCCUCCAAAUUAAAAAAUAUACACAUUUUUGCUAAAAACUGUUGUUCAUGAUACAACAUUCCAGUUUUUGUAAAUGUAAAUUUUGCUUUACUGAACAUCUACCACUUGGGAUAUUAAGUAGGAAAUGCGGUGCACACCGAUCUCCAGGCUUUAAUACUGAAAACGCCAGCAGCUACUUUUGUGGCAACCACAUCUACAGUGCUGUCGUGUGUGCAAGCAAUAAAACUCCUCAGGGUGUGUUUUUAUACUGCAGUUUUCAUGUGAGCGCCCCCAGCGCAGGACAUAGGGCAUGAAGUGUGACUCACUGCUCAGUGUGGGGAAGAGAAGGUGCGUGUGAGGAGUGGGCACGAUUCCUCGGAUUCAAAUAACCACCAGAAUCAUUUUACUUUUGCAAAGGGUGAGGAUGGCGAGAAGCGUGAAAGCACAUCACUGCUUCGUCAGCAGCCUUUCAUUUUACACGGAGUUGAAUAGCAUCCAGGUUGGUGCAGUUACCUUCACUGUGUAACCUACCCCCAUUUUUUAAUACCCCCAUUUUUAAAAAUUACUGAACUUUUUAAAGAACUAGCCUUUUAAAUGUGCCCCAUCCCCAUCUAUAAAUAUACACCGAUUUUUUAAAAAGGAAUACUUGCUAUAGUCCUAAAAGAAAAAAAAAAACAAAACGAAACUACAAACUUCAUAGCA